UUGCCGUUAUACUCAUGCAGACGUGAUGGAGUCAUGGGUUACAAGCCACUAUUUGUGUGAAGAACCCGUCGCAGGCUGACCAUCGACCACUGUGGUUCAACGUCCGCUCUGUGUACACAGGCAUGUCUAUCACUGCGUCUGAAGUGGGCUCAUUCAUUAUAGAAGACUAUGCUAUUGUCGCCGGCGCAGCGCUCAUAUUGUUCGACCAUACCAUCACAUUCGGUCAGGACGUCCAGCUGGUCUGGGGCGAGAGAUCGUUCUCUGCGUGGUUGGUUUUUGCCAAUCGGAUGGUUGCACUGAGCUAUGCGAUCUUUUCCGUUUGGUCGCUCACAAAUCAUGAUACAGUAACGUUGUAUGGCAAGCAUUGUCACGAGCAAUCUGCUUAUGAUAUUGAUUGGAAUAAUCUCAGAUGGUAGGCUGGCAUGCUUUGCGACAGAUUAUCGCAGCUAAAACACAGCCAAGUGGUUGCAAUAUUGCGAGUAGAUGCCGUGUUGCGAUUAAAUGCCGUAACAGAUGGAAGUCGAU